AGGUUACCAUUGGUCGUUGGUAAUGGCGUCUGAGGGUUGAUCUCCGGCGUAUCUCUCCGGCGACGCGUCCGCUAGCUGUGCAUUUUCCGGCAUUAAACAUUUGGUUUGGUUUAUAUGAAAUUUGCUCGAUUUUUUUUUUCUAUAAAAUUAUAAUAGAUUUGUGUAAUUAUGGGGGAGGGAAGGACUUCUCCGACGAUGGAUCUGCUGAGGUCGGAGCCGAUGCAGUUGGUGCAACUGAUUAUUCCGAUCGAGGCAGCUCAUCGCACAAUCUCCUAUCUCGGCGAUCUCGGUCUCUUCCAAUUUAAAGAUCUCAAUGCUGAAAAGAGUCCUUUUCAACGAACAUAUGCUGCUCAGUUAAAGAGAUGUGGGGAAAUGGCUCGUAAGCUACGGUUCUUCAGGGAUCAAAUGACCAAGGCUGGUUUGUCACCACCAGCAUGGUGUUCAAGAAGUGAUGGGAUUGAUUUAGAUAGCUUGGAGGUGAAACUUGGGGAACUUGAAGCAGAGCUUAUAGAGAUGAAUGCAAACCACGACAAGCUAAAACAUGGUUACAGUGAGCUGUUAGAAUAUAAGCUAGUUCUGCAGAAGGCUGGUGAGUUUUUUCAUUCAGCUCAAAGCAGUGCAGCUGCUCAGCAGAAAGCAGUUGAUGCACAGUACAGUACUGAAGGAUCCAUUGACAGUCCAUUACUAUUGGAGCAAGAAAUGGUCACAGAUCCAUCAAAGCAGGUUAAGCUGGGGUAUGUCAGUGGCCUUGUUCUAAGGGAAAAAGCAAUGGCUUUUGAAAGGAUUCUGUUCCGAGCAACCAGGGGAAAUGUUUUCUUGAGACAAUCUGUGGUUGAAGAGCUUGUCAUUGAUCCUGCUUCUGGAGAGGAGGUUGAGAAAAAUGUGUUUGUUGUCUUCUUCUCUGGUGAAAGAGCAAAGAACAAAAUUACGAAAAUAUGCGAAGCUUUUGGAGCAAACUUAUACCCCUUCAAAGAAGACCUAGGAAAACAAUUUCAGAUGAUUACAGAGGUGACUGGAAGACUUGAGGAGCUAAAAACUACCAUAGAUGUUGGACUUGCGCACCAUAGCAAUCUGUUACAGACAAUUGGCUAUCAAUUUGAGCAUUGGAACAUUUUGGCAAAGAAGGAAAAAUCCAUAUAUCACACUUUGAAUAUGCUUAGCAUAGAUGUAAGCAAAAAAUGUCUUGUUGCAGAAGGCUGGUGUCCUGUUUUUGCAACAAAUCAGAUUCAAAAUACUUUACAGCGAGCAAUGAUAGACAGUAACGCUUUAGUUGGACCCAUUUUCCAUGUUCUGAAGACAAAGGAAUCACCACCCACCUAUUUCCGUACAAACAAAUUUACUUCUGCUUUUCAAGAAAUUGUUGAUGCAUAUGGGGUUGCUAAGUAUCAGGAGGCAAACCCUGGUGUGUACACAAUCAUCACAUUCCCAUUCCUUUUUGCUGUGAUGUUUGGUGACUGGGGCCAUGGUAUAUGCUUAUCUCUAGCCACAUUAUAUUUCAUAAUCAGAGAAAAGAAAUUUUCUAGUCAGAAGCUAGGAGACAUCACAGAAAUGACAUUUGGAGGUCGCUAUGUUAUUCUGAUGAUGGCAUUGUUCUCAAUCUACACUGGAUUGAUAUAUAAUGAAUUCUUUUCUGUCCCUUUUGAACUAUUUGGGCCAUCUGCUUAUGCAUGCCGUGACCUUACCUGCAGGGAUGCUUCUACAGAAGGUUUGGUCAAGGUUGGUCCCACUUACCCAUUCGGUGUGGAUCCUAAGUGGCAUGGUACUAGGAGUGAGUUACCAUUUCUGAACUCAUUGAAGAUGAAGAUGUCAAUUUUGCUUGGAGUAGCCCAGAUGAAUCUCGGAAUUAUUCUAAGCUACUUUAAUGCUAAAUUUUUUCAAAAUGAGAUAAAUAUCUGGUACCAGUUUCUUCCCCAAAUGAUAUUUUUAAACAGCCUGUUUGGCUACCUGUCACUCCUCAUUAUUGUAAAAUGGUGCACUGGUUCACAAGCUGAUCUUUAUCACGUGAUGAUAUACAUGUUCCUGAGUCCCACUGAUGAUCUCGGUGAAAAUCAGCUUUUUGUUGGCCAGAAGUUUCUUCAGAUUUUGUUGCUGCUGUCGGCCCUUGUUGCUGUACCAUGGAUGCUGUUUCCAAAGCCUUUUCUCUUGAAGAAGCAAGACCAAGAGAGGCACCAAGGUCAAUCCUAUGCAUUGCUUCAUAACUCAGAUGACCCUCUUGAAAUGGAACCAGACCAUAAGUCCAACAGCCACGAAGAAUUUGAGUUCACUGAGGUAUUCGUACACCAACUUAUACAUACUAUAGAAUUUGUGCUUGGAGCAGUGUCCAAUACAGCAUCAUAUUUACGGCUGUGGGCCCUCAGUUUAGCCCAUUCGGAGUUGUCAAGUGUGUUCUAUGACAAGGUUUUGCUUCUUGCCUGGGGGUUCAACAAUGUCAUUAUCCUUAUUGUCGGUGUUGUUGUGUUUGUAUGUGCAACUGUUGGUGUACUGUUAGUUAUGGAAACCCUCAGCGCAUUCUUGCAUGCACUAAGGCUUCACUGGGUGGAGUUCCAGAACAAGUUCUAUGAGGGAAACGGUUGCAAAUUCCAACCAUUUUCAUUUGCGCAACUUAAGGAUGAUGAUGAAUGAAGAACUGCUUAACACUGUCACUGGCUAACGGGUUGUGUACAAAAUUCAAUCAUAUUAAAUUUGUUGUAGCAUAGAAAAUAGUCAAAAUUGUUUAUUGGACCAGAAAUUUUGGAGACAACGUCGAGGUAAGGAGCCUUGAGUACUGGUUUGGUUAAAUACGUAUCAUCCGGGUCAGUCAAAUUGCCAAUGGAACUUCGUACUUAGUUGUGGGUUUGUACCUCUAGCUAGCAAAAAAUCCCAUAGAGGUUCGAACUUGGUUUGACUUGUUUCUUGUUGUAUGAAAUUUUUCCUCCUUUGCUGAGGGGAAAUCGGUAUCAAUACUGCAAAUAUUCAUUGAUGUUGAAAUGAAUUAUUUCUUGCCCU